GAUACCAUCGGCGCCAUUCGCGCAGCAGCUUAGCAAGCGCGUGAAUCCUCCGCCCCCUUCCCUGACCCCGCCCCCCGCCUUGGCUGCAGCAACAAUGUCGACGGAGAUGAAGGUCGCGCUCAGCGCCAAGGAGUACGUUCUGGUGGCCAUGACGCUCACGCUGGUGCCCAUUCUGCUGCUCGAGCUCUUCGGCGUCUCGGACACGCGCAGCAACAACCGCGCCUUCCACGACGGCACGCCGGGCAUGCCGCAGCUCCCAGACCUGCUGAUCGGUGGUGCCGUGUCGCUGCUGCUCAUCGCUGCGCGCUUCGUCGCUGGGAAGGCCUUUGCGCCCCUUGCGCGCGUCGUGCUCUCGCCCAAGAAGCGCGUAAUUGAGGACCGCGUGCACCGCUUCACGACGGUGCUGUUCAAGCUUCUGUACUUUGUGGUGAUCACCGCCGUGGGUUUCAAGGUGAUGCAGCACGAGUCGUGGUUCCCGCCGUCACUCGGCGGCAAGGGCGAAGUGGUGAAGACGUUUGAGGUGCUGUCCGACGCGCCGUCCAGCGCGCUCAAGUACUACUUCAUGGUGCAGCUCGGAUACCACCUGCACAGCUUGCUCUUUAUGGUCUUCUUCUCGCCGAUCCGCAACGAUUUUAUCGAGAUGCUGCUGCACCACGUCGCCACCAUUAUUCUGAUCGGCGGGUCGUACCUAGCCAACUACACGGCGUUUGGUGCGCUCGUGGUAUUUACGCAUGACAUUGGCGACGUUACUGGAUAUGGCAUCAAGUCGAUCGUGGACACCGGCAACACGCCCUUGGUGGUGUUCAUGUACGUGGUGCUCCUGGUGUCGUGGGCGUACACGCGGCUGUUCGUGUUCCCGUGCCACCUCAUCUACAGCUCGAUGAUCGAGCUGCCGCAGAAGCACCCGGACAUCGUCGGCGCGUUCGUGCACCCGAUGAACGCCAUGCUGUGCAUGCUCGUUGUACUGCACGUGUACUGGUACUUCCUGUUCCUGGUGAUGGGCUACGCGCUCGUGAACAAGGGCGUGGCUGAAGACAUCCAGCACAAGGUGGAGGGCCCCGAGGACGAGGAGGAAGAAGCCGAGGAAGCCAGCGUCACGGCCCCCCGCGUCAAAUCCAAGGACGACUGAGACUGCAUUUUCGCAUACAUAAAUGUACGAAGCCCGUUGUACUGUU